CGUAGCAGUGGACUAAAUACUCCAGAAGUCCACUCCCAUUCCUUCCUCAUCUCCCAAUCCCAGCCACCCCAACUACCCAAAUGGCCGCGGCCGCCGCCACCACUACCUCCCCCACUCUAUCCUUCCUCUCUUCCCACCACAAUGCAAGCACCCGCCUUUUCCUCCGCCCCAGUCCUUCUAUCACCUUCCGCAGCAGCAGCCGCCCUUCAUUCUCCGUCAAAUCCCUGUCCACUGCUCUCACCCAAGACGACCUGAAAAAGAUCGCUGCCGACAAAGCCGUCGAGUAUGUAAAAUCCGGGAUGGUCCUCGGCCUGGGCACCGGCUCCACGGCCGCCUUUGUUGUCGCCAAGCUCGGAGAACUCGUCGCCAGCGGAAAAUUAACGGACAUUGUCGGAGUCCCCACCUCGAAACGAACCCAAGAGCAGGCGGCUUCUUUGAAUAUCCCUCUCGCCACCCUCGACAGGCAUCCCAGCCUCGACCUCGCCAUCGAUGGCGCUGACGAGGUCGAUUCCAACCUUGACCUUGUCAAGGGCCGUGGUGGCGCUCUUCUCCGGGAGAAAAUGGUUGAGGCUGCAUCGGACAAGUUUGUAGUUGUGGUGGAUGAUUCCAAAUUGGUGUCCGGGUUGGGUGGCUCCGGCUUAGCUAUGCCCGUUGAGGUGGUGCAGUUUUGUUGGAAGUAUAAUCAAAUUAGGCUUCAAGAAUUGUUUAACGAAGAAGGGGUCGAGGCAAAAUUGAGAUUGGAUGGGGACGGGAAGCCUUAUGUGACGGAUAAUUCGAAUUAUAUUGUGGAUUUGUAUUUUAAAAAUCCGAUAAAGGAUUCGGCGGCGGCCGGAAAGGAGAUAUCGGCUUUGGAAGGGGUGGUUGAACAUGGGUUGUUCUUGGAUAUGGCCACUGCAGUUAUUAUUGCUGGUAAGGAUGGAGUUAGUGUGCAGAGCAAAUGAAGAAAAAUUUUUUUUUUUUCAAUUUUGGAAGUUAUGAUUUUUGGGAUCAUUUUGUUGUAAACUGUUGUUGUUGGCCAAAAAUUUGAAUAAAGGGUGUACCUUUCUUAUCAAGAGGAUUUUAUUGGACUUUUUCGGUUUGAGGUUUGGAUU